AUGACCAGGGAAGCCCUGUGCCUGCUUUGCCUCGGGCUGUGCCUGGGCUAUGAAGGAGAGACGAGGCCCGGUGAGCCUCCUCCCAGUGGCCGCCGCCCCUCCCUGAGCGCCUGGCCCAGCUGGGUGGUUGAACCUGGCGGCAACGUGACCCUGAGGUGCCGGGUUCCCUUCCAGAACGUCUCAGUCAUGCUGGGCAGGCUGGGAGACCCCAGGUACAGGCAGGAGCGGAGCUCAGCAGGGGCCGCGGCCGAGUUCCCCCUGGGGGGGCUGGAGCCCCAGGACGCCGGGAGCUACUCGUGUGCCUACAGGACUUCAGCCUCCCGUGAGUGGUCAGCACACAGCGAGUGUGUGCAGCUGGUGGUCACAGGCUCUCUCCCGGCGCCUUCCCUCUCAGUAAGCGCAGACCCCGGGACCCCUGCCGGUUCCAGAACCCUCCAGUGUCUGGUUCCCUACAACGGGACGGAGUGCAUCGCAGCCGCUCUGCUGAGAACCGGGGUCCCGGAACCCCUGCGCGCGGAGCGGGUGCAGCAACAGCGGGCGGCCUUUGUGCUCCGGGGCCCCGGGGAGUUCAGCUGCGUGUACUACCAGUGCCACGCGCCGCACCUGGGCUCCUUCCUCGGCAGCCUGGCCGUCCCGGCGACAGGCCCCAGCGUCAUCUUCAUCACGGCCUUCAGCUGCCUCUGCAUAGUGCUCCUCUUCCUCGCGGUCUUCCUCAUCUACAGGCGCACGCAGCGCGGUUCCCCACGUGAGGACUCCAGCAGGAGAACCAGUGACUCCAGUUUUUCCAAGCAGGACGACUCGGAUGUUUCCGUGCCCGAGAGGAGGUCCACCUCGGGAAACGAGAUCCCUACGCCAAAGAGACCACCGCACCCCGUGGAGUCAGCCUGGGUGUCCACCAGCAGACGAACGGGUACCGACAAGGGAGUGACCUGUGCUGAACUAAACCCUGCUGCACCUGAAGACGCGGCUUCUGUGCCCACCGAGGAGCCCCCAGGCCCCUCUGAGCAUGCUGCAGUGACUGUGUAG